GUGUUCCAAAAAAGCUUUUUAUACUUCAUCGCUUUCCCGUUCUCUUAUCGACGAUCGCCAUGGGAGGUGGAGAUAAGAAGAAGAAGAAGAAGAGGACGAAGUCGAAGAGCAAGAAGCUCUCCGGCGAACACGCCCUAGCCUCAAGGUACGUCAACGAAUGGGUCCUCCACGCAUCCUACGCUUCUCCUCUUCCUCUCUCCGCCGCCGCCGCCGCCGCCGCCGAUGAGUUCUUGCCCCCCGAGGCCCCUAGGGUUCCCGAUCGUGUCGUGUUCGAGCUCCACUCCCACUCCAAGCACAGCGACGGGUUCCUCUCCCCCUCCGCCCUUGUCGAGAGGGCCCAUCGCCAUGGGGUGAAAGUUCUCGCUCUAACCGACCAUGACACAAUGGAUGGAAUCCCGGAGGCAAUGCAAGCAGCUCUCAAAUUUGGCAUGAGAAUAAUUCCUGGGGUUGAAAUAAGUACAUUAUAUUCCUCAAGGGAGAUACCUGGAAAUGGUGAGCCUGUUCAUAUCCUUGCAUACUAUGGUACAUGUGGACCUGCACCGUAUGAGGAACUGGACAUCUUGCUAUCGAAUAUCAGAGAUGGGCGUUAUCUCCGUGCGAAGAAUAUGCUGCUGAAGCUAAACAGAUUGAGAAUGCCGGUUAAGUGGGAGACUGUCGUCAAGAUAGCAGGUGAAGGAGUAGCUCCAGGACGGUUGCAUUUGGCACGGGCCAUGGUCGAAGCCGGCCAUGUAGAAAAUCUGAAGCAAGCCUUUAGCAAGUAUUUGUAUGAUGGCGGUCCUGCUUAUGCCAUGGGCAGUGAGCCAUCGGCGGAGACUGUUGUGCAGUUGAUCAGUCGUACUGGGGGUAUAUCAGCUUUGGCGCACCCUUGGACAUUAAAGAACCCUGUUGCUGUUAUUAGGGCCUUGAAAUCUACUGGCCUUAAUGCGAUGGAGGUUUACAGAAGUGAUGGAAAAAUUGCUGGAUUUAGUGAGUUAGCUGACACAUACGGACUUCUAAAGCUCGGAGGUUCGGAUUUUCAUGGGAGAGGUGGGCAGGAUGAAUCUGAGCUGGGUAGCGUUGGUCUUCCGACUGCAUCAAUAUACGAGUUCUUGAAACUAGCCCGCCCAGUUUGGUCCAAUGCCAUGAGAGAUAUACUAUAUAAUUUCGCAGAGGACCCAUCUGAAGCGAAUCUAGAGAAGAUGUUGAAGUUUGGAGUGCAAAAUAAACUUAACGGAUACUCUUCAUCGAGUUGUGUUGGCGGAGAUGCUGUUGACCUAUGUCUCUCUUCAUGGUUAGCGACUCACGAGGACAUUGAACUCGAAAAUAUCAGACUAAAACUUGCCAGUAAUAAUCUUGUAAUCAGAUAGUUUCUGAUGUAUCUCCUUUUUCUGUAAUUUUCACUUGUCUUAAACGCUUUUUUUCCUUUUGAUAGCUCGAUGGCAUCUUUUAACAACCACCAUCAGAGCUAUUAAGAAUAAAACUAUUGCUGACUCAAAAUGGAAAACAAAAUAUGUGGUAGAGGACUACUAGGCAUUACUUGUUCUAUCAUUAUGAAGGUGCACUCAAAGUGCUUAUGUCGCCGUUUAAUUUGAAUUUUCAUAGCUCUUUGUUAUCCAAACAAGCAAGCAGGUACUGUUCUCUCUUUGUUUUGUUUUUU